AGUGAACACGUUCGACUGUGGAGAUGCUGUCUCUGACUGGCUCAGCGAUGUCUUUCACACUCCUGGCAUCAGGUUGCUACGGCAACAAAGUGAUGAUACUCGCAGGUCAAAGUUGAAAGACAAGACAGCCGAUGGUCAAGCGGGGAGUGAGGAGGAGAAGCCGCGACUGUCCAUGGCCAACGAGUCGCAGCUGCUUGUACUGAGCCGAGCCAGCGUACGGGAGCUUCAGAACAAAAUGGCCGAUGUAGUGGACAUGGAUGACGCUCAGGACACCAGACUGCCCACAGCUCCGGCCAACAUCGGAGAAGAUAACCUCAUCAUGCGUUUCCGUGGCAACCUGGUCAUUGAUGGAGGGAAGGCGUUUGAGGAGGACACUUGGGCCUCGGUGUCAGUGGGAGACAAUACCAUGCUGUGCCACGGUCCAUGCUCCAGGUGCCAGAUGAUCUGCAUGGAUCAGCAGACAGCCCAAAAAAGUCGAGAGCCUUUGAGAACGCUGAGUGUAUGGCGUGGCAAAAAGGUUCCCUUCGGUGUGUACUCGCGUCUGAUUCCCCGCUCGGACGGCAGCAAGCAAGUCAUCCGUGUGGGAGACCUGGUCACUGUGUGAACCCCUCGCAUCAUCGCGGUUGUGCUCCUUCAGACAAUCCUAUUUCCUGAUACUACUAGUGGUUCCUUCCGGAUUCUGUGGGGAUUAUUUUAUGUUGGAUCAAAACUAAAUUGUUCAUUUAACCUUUCUGCUCUCUAUUUGGGAGCUUUGUGUUUCGAAAACAAUGCCCCAAGGUGAAUGAUUUUGAAAGGGAAAAAAAAGCAUUAACAAUAAUUUCUAGAAUCAAACGAAGAAAAAAAACUGAUUAACUUUUAUGCUUAUAAACUGUUGAAAACAUGGAUACUUACGAAAUCCAGAAAUGCACUUUGACUCAAAGUCCUGCUUCUUAGUUCUACCAAAGAGCCCUGGAAGGUCUCAGGCUUGGUAGUGAAGAGAUUAAGCAUCAGUGUCGAGUCCACAUAUUAUAUCAAACUGGCAUAAAAUAAACAUUUCUUUUCGGAAAGAGGAGCCAGUAAGAGUUUUUGUCUAUUAACGACUCUAUAGGGGCUAAGUCCCUAAUAGUUAUAGUGUAGUAAACAUAAUAUUCCUAUCUCGCCUUGUUCCUUUUCACCCUAAUAGUUAUAGUUCCACACAAAUUGUAAGAUCACGCAGCGGCAAAUAUGUACCUCCUAAAACAAA